AUGGCAGACGAAAAUCUCACUCACGACGAGUUGUGGGAUGACUCGGCACUAGUCACCUCUUGGAACGAUGCUUUCAAUGAAUACAAGAAAUACCACAGCCUUGCAUCCCGAGGAGAAAAAGUCGAACAGCCCAAGCAGCCGCCCACAGAAAGCCUCAAAGAAGUCGCAGUCGAAUCAAAAGCGGCCGCCUACUUAAACGGCACAACAACAACUACGACGCAACCAUCAUCAAACGCACCAAUCAACUUCACGACAGAAGCAACACCUACAGCAACGACAACGACAGCCACCCCACAUACUGCCGCAGGUCCCAUAUUGCCGAAUCUCCCACAAACUCUUCUCAAUGGCUCCCAGAACGAAGAUCUCAAGAACAUCAUGAUGUCCUGGUAUUAUGCUGGAUAUUAUACCGGUCUGUAUGAGGGACAGCAGAAGGCUUGGGCGAGUAUUCAGGAACAACAACUGGCACAGCAGCAGGAAGAACAAUGACAACGACCACUGGAACAGGGACGGGAACAGGAACAACAUUAACAGCAACAAGUGCGUGCUGCUGCGGAGGGUUAAGCAUGAAUUUGAACUCAUGAGCUGGCUUCGUCGAUCGGGAAGGGAUGAGGUAUGCACCUAUGAAGAAGCAACGCACGCACGAGACGGACGUCAUGUUUCGGCAUGCAUGGUAGGACCUCUUAUGUCGAGUGGGAGGACCGUCAGGCUACAUCACUGAUGCUCGCGGGGUUGAUCUGCAACGUGGUAAGGUUCAUCUAUUAUUCCGUGUCCUGAAGGAGUUCAGGGAUGAAACCUCACAGAUGUUCCUACAGGCUUUUGUUCUAUCAAUUGGGCAGCGGCUCUAUACAAUCAGUAUCUCGUACGGAGCAAGGGUCGUCAAUGACACAAUGGCGCAAGAGCUUCUAGUCGCAAGUGCGAGCGGUGGCAAAUGUGGACAUGGAUCGAAAAAGUGCG